AUGACCGCGCCGGAAAACGACACAGUGCAGCCUGUCGCUGCAGACGAGCCGCCAACCACCGCCUCUGCCUCGCCGCCGCGCCGCGACUCGAUUGAAGACGCCGACGCAAGCUUCACCCGCAAACGCCCCCGCCUACACAGCGGGAGCAACAGUCUAUGCGCUAUGCCUACCGACCCACAAACUCCCGUCAACACCGCCAUGUCGCCCUCGGAAAAGCAGGUAGAAAUGACAAUACGCUCACACCCGCCCUCUUCCCCGGUACACGGUGGAGAUGAGGACUACACCAAUCCUGACAACUUCCUCGAGGCUGCUUCUCCUACCCCGGGCCAGUCUCCAAUACUCAUUACUAGUUCCGAGGAUGAGCGCGGGAGUCCGCCCAUCAUGAUAAUAGACGACGACGAUGAAGCAGACGCCUCCUCCGUGCAUGUGGACGCAGAAGAUUAUUUUCGCCGGUUCCCCUACGCACACCACGGGAGUUACUCCACGGUUGUUCGCGACCUGGCCAACCAUGUUCAAGGAGUUGACAACGACAUCGAUCCCCACUUCUUUCCCAGCAUUUCGCAAUGGCUGACCGAUCUACCCGAGCCUGGCCCCCAGGUAGACUUACACGGUUUCUAUACGAGCAAGGCCAUGUUUUGGGACGACCUCGCUGGACUGGUGCACAAUUUGCUCUCACGCAGGGCUACGUUUAGCCACCAUUUGGAUGAUCGUCGUGCGGGCGACAUGUUUUACGCUUUCCUCAGUGCCUACGUCAGGGCAUGCUCCCUCCUCCUCCUCGCCGACGUAUGGCUACUCUCCCAACCUCGUCCCGGCGAGAUAUAUUCUUUGCCUCUUCUUAGUCAGAAGCAUAUGCGAAACUGGUAUACCAUUCUUCGCCCGGACAAGGCACCUGCAUUCGCUAUGGUGAGCAAAGAAUAUUCUGUCGAUGUUCGCAAAAUGAUCGGAUUGUUACAAAAGGAUUUUAUGGCUGCCAACGGUGCCCAAAAUAUCUUACGGCUAUCCAGCGAGGCCUUCCACCGCGUGCCAUUGAACGUGCAAACCCAGAUUGCGUUGGUUGCCGCCCCGGUCCUGACUUCAUUGGGCGGCUCGAUAUUCCAGGAUCCUAGCCCUGCGACUGACCCCAAUCGCUCCGAGUUCUGUCGCGGAAUAUUGCAAUUCUUGGAGAAAUACAUGGACGACCUCUUCGACUUGAGUAGAACCACCGAUGCUGUCUCCGCUCGAGACUUGAUUCAGUACUUUCACGCGCUAUUAUUUGAGCUCUGUCUCUGGGAGAAGGAUAUCGAAUCGGAUCUGGUGGACAAGUUCCUCGACUUCAGGAGCGUAGAUUCGCCGACUACUUCUUCUCCGACCGAAGUCGAUCGUACUGGACCCGAACACCAGUAUCGCGAUGAGCCUCAGUACUUUCCAGCUUUAGUCGCCAACGCUUGGAAGUUCAAGCUUCUGCGCCGAUACCUCACCAAAGGUAAGAUGGAUCUACGCGUCAUGAGUAUAGCCAUGAUGGAUGUCUCCUUGGUAGAGAUCUGGAGACAGUACAACAACCCCGAUUCGACAGGCGAACACCCCGUCAUGCGAUAUCUAGCCGACUUUCUGCUUUAUGGGAACGUCGUUGACUACAUUGUCAGCGUCGACUCACACCCGCAACUGAUCGCGCGCAGCGGUAACAUCGUUGGUUUUCUUGUCGUAACUAGACGUUGGACAGAUGACCAAGCGGAUGCUAUCUGGAACACCGUUGCCAAUAGUCCUGACCCUCGUGUCGUUACCGCGACACUGGCCAUGCUUAGAGCAAUCAUGCACAUGAUGAGGCCUGCAGAUCACUUGUACUUUUGUACGAAACUUUAUGAAUUGCCUAUCAGGAGCUACACCGCGGAUAUUACUCGAUUCCUGCGGGAGCUGGGCCCAAAGAUCCUGGAGAAAGCAUCACCGGAAGAUUAUGCUGCGAGAGAAGAUACUGCUAGGCCAUGGAAUGUUUGCACCCGCAUCAUCCGCGACACAAUGUGCCAGGCGGAUACGGACAAAGACAUGUUAGACCUGCAUCACGAGGCUGCUAAUUACCUGUCAGCUCUGGCUCCUAAUGUCUCUGUUGAAGAGCGCCAUUCCAUCUACAGAGAUUGUGCGGAUCACAUUUACAGUCAUUCGACGAAAGCGACUGGAAGCGCAAAAGUCAUCUACGCGCUCGCCGCACCAAUCCCUUCUGAAGACGAGAAUUUUUUCCAAAAGAAUCAGGAUGUCACACGCAAGAUUCUGGAUGAGAUCGCAUGGUUUGUCGAGACUGAGAGGAAUGCCGAAUCAUCCCUACGUCAACAAACAGCUCUAUGUUGCAGAUUGGAGCUUCUAGCACUUAUGAUCUGUUGCGCUGGGUCAGCCAUACCCGUUGAGAUGUAUGAGCAGCUGUGGGACUACACAAUCGGUACGCGUGCGCUAUCGAACACUACCAGGGAUUUGGCAUGGGCGCAAUUAUCCCAGACGCUCAAAUUCGCCCCGGACAACAACUACUGCAGACAACUUGUCUCUUCCCAUAUGGUACACAUGAACACCGGCAUUUACACGAAUGGCAUGUUCGAAUUUGUUGCCAACUAUAAUUUCCCGAUGAAGCGGCAGCUCGUGGGGACUGAUCAAGGAGAAAAGGGUGUGUUAAAGAUCCCCGGUGCAGACGUGCUGUGGUCUAUGGUUUUAUCCUCACCGGAAGGCACUAUUGAGGAUCGCGCCGCCCGUCUUCUUGCCAGUCGCUACGUACAGAUCAACGAAGCCGAUGGCGUUAUGCUAGCAGAUGUGGAAGCCGCUCAUGUCGUUCUAGUGGAAAAAUGUAUGCAGGAGAUGCAUUCGGCAUGCAGGCUCAUACGCGCUCAAUCCUCCAAUGGAGACUUAUCGAAUAUGGAUGUCACUGCAACUGAGAAGAUGGUUCUUGAGAAUGAAGAGCGUUAUCGCAGGAUCAUUAACUUUCAGAAACUACUGCUGGAGAAGAUACGCCACAAACCAGAGUUCAACCGAAGUCGGAGAGCAGAUUCCAAAGUCGACGAAACAGACAUACCUUACGGUGACGCGAUCGCGAUCCGGUUUCAGUGCGGCAACGACAGGCAAGUCGUCAUGAUGGGUGCGGAUCAUACAGUAAAGGACCUCUACCAAAGAUUAUGUCACGUAUCGGGAUACACCAAAAUCAACCUUUUCGCAAAGGGUCGGCGGCUCAACAUCACUGAGAUGUCGAACGAGAAGCUUCAUGGCGUCGACUUUGGGGGACAGCUAUUAGUACAAAGGGCACCAGACGCGGAAGUCACUCGCCCGAUGCCCGGACAGGGUACGGGGUCUUCGGUGUUCGAAUCUACCGUACUCAAGCAUUUCGACGAACUGUUCUCCUUAAUGGACUCUGAUGACAACAUCAGUCAGAUGCUAUUCGAUUACUUGAGCUUCUUUCCGGCGCGGUAUGCUUUUGCAGAGAGCGUCGUGACCGGUGCGGCGCUAUCAGAGGAGCUCUUCCCUCCAGGAAAGUUCUAUCAGGCGAGAUACGCCGCUUUGGCUCUCGAGGCGAGGCUGGCAGAGCAAAUCCGUCAUUCUAAUCUGGACGAGAAGUUCCUGGGUCAUGCCAUACGCCAGCUGAACGAGGCUCUUCUCAAUCCUCGGCUCAUCAGCGACAACAUCUCGAGCUUCCAAGAGCUGCAGCUUGCAGCGGUACUCGUGCAUGCUCUGUUGGAGUUCCUUAGAGAACGCCCUUCUCCCGCCGCUUCGGCUGCUUACUUCUCAGAUGGCGCACGGCUCGGAAACCGCCUUGUGACGAUCCUAUGCAUGGCACUGGAAACAAAUGAAGACGCUACCGUAAUCCAGGAUUGUUACGGCACUAUCCUAGAGGCCUCACUCCACUCUCGAGUUAUUUGGGAAGCGUUCGUUGAGCAUCCUCAAUCUCCGCGACUCCACCGGGUUCUACUGUUGAGCGACCCCAGGCAGUCUGUGCGAGAGCAUGUCGCUCAGAAGAUCACAUCCGUCUGCGGCGGCGACCUUCCAUCCACAUGUCCGAUCACUAAAGGCGAGAUUGCCACACAAUUCUGGGCAGUCAUUUCCGAGCUCAUUCCGGGCUCAUUGUGCGUUCCCGCUCAAUCACAGCAACUGUUCAGCAUUGCCGAGCAAGUCUUCCGGGCGAAGGACGAGUACAAACGGGACGAACCUUCACUCCGACUUUACCUAAAAUCUUGGAGCGACCUGCUCUUGGAUCACCAACAUCAGGAAUUUGUCGGCCGGGACGACAUCGACCGCGUCGUUUUUGGGCUUACGAAACUCAUACUGUGCUGCAUACUGUCACUCAAGUCUUUUAAGAAGCCUCUUGGUGCAGGCGACUUGAUGGAAAAGAUCUUCAGGAAGUACAUCUUUACGAAGAGCUCCUCUACUGCAGUGGUCAGCGCAGCCACUGCUCCCAUACUGGAGUCUCACACAAGGCAUGAGAUGUACGAUCUCAUGCUUGCACUAGCUGAGGAUAGCAGCACGUACAAUAGCCUGGUCAAACUUGCAGCAGACGUAGAGACCGAGGAGAAUGAGCCAGCAAUACCAACGCUUGCAGUCGAUCGCUCCUUGGAAAUACGCUCUAGCACAGGCUAUGUGGGUCUGUACAACCCUCGUGCCAUCUGCUACGCGAACUCGCUUCUCACGCAGCUCUUCAUGAACCUCAAUUUCCGCAAGUUUAUUCUCGGUUUGGAGCUUCAGGAAGCCAGUGGCUCUCAAAAACUUCUUCUUGAGACCCAGAGACUGUUCACGAACAUGCAGCAUUCCUUCCGCAAAGCCGCGGAUCCCCGGAGCUUUGCAGCUUGCGUAAGGAACUCAGAACUCAUGCCAAUAGACAUCAGCGUUCAGAUGGACGCAGAUGAAUUCUACAAUUCCCUCUUCGAUCAGUGGGAACGACAGCUCAUCAAGGACGAGCACAAGCAGCAAUUUCGCUCAUUCUACGGAGGGCAAACCUUGAAUCAGAUCAAAUCCAAGGAAUGUGAGCAUGUCUCGGAACGAUCAGAGCCUUUCUUUGCAAUACAAUGCGAUGUUUUGGGCAAAGCAACGCUACAGGAGAGUCUCCAGGCUUUUGUUAGAGGCGAUGUCAUGGAAGGCGACAACAAGUACAAGUGCGAGAAGUGCGAUGGCAAAUACGUCGACGCAGUCAAGCGGACCUGUUUCAAGGAGGUGCCCGACAACCUCAUCUUCCACCUAAAGCGCUUCGAAUUCGACCUGGCCGAUUUUAGCCGUAGGAAGGUCUACGAUUAUUUCGAGUUCCCACCGACCAUUGACAUUAGCGCAUACCAUGUCGACCAUCUCAGUGACCCAAGCAAACCAAAAGAAGCCGACAUGUUCGAUCUUGUUGGUGUGCUCGUACACACGGGCACCUGCGAGCACGGUCAUUACUAUUCUUACAUUCGUGAGCGACCUUGUCCCACAGGAACCACGGCACAAACCUGGGUGGAAUUUGAUGAUAGCAGUGUUGGGUCUUUCGACCCAGCAGACAUUGCUUACAAAGCUUUCGGAGGCUUCACGGACGAUUCAUACAACCGCAUACCAAAACAAUACUCGGCAUAUAUGCUCUUCUAUCAACGCCGCACCGCUGUGGAUGAUGACCAGCGUGAGUGGGUCACUUCUGCAGACGGGAAAACGCUCAAGGUUCCCAUGCCGCCAACUCUCCAGAAGGAAGUUGAUUUUGCCAACGAGCUGUUUAUCCGAGAAUAUUCCCGCUUCGACCCCAAUCAUACAAGGUUCGUGCGGCAGCUGCAUGCUAUGUCACGUACACUCAACCACGGUUCUUGCUCCGAAGGACACACGCAGAUACUCGCUACCGACGAUAUUGCCCUUCUCAACAUGCUUCUUCGCUGCAUGCAUGCUAAAGUGCGGUCCCAGAUGCGCAUCUUUUUCAUCGACUGUCUCAAAGUCUUGCGAGAGAAAGAGCCCGCUCUGUACGGUCUAGAGGGCGCAGACAACGAGAUGGAUCUGGAAUCUUCCACUCCGACAAACGGUAUACUUUCAGAGAUUACCGCUAGGUUACGUGCCAUUGCAGACGAAUCUUACAUGGCCGUACGGGGCUGGGAUGAUUUCUAUCUCACGCUGACUCAACUGGCCGAGAUGGGCCAUCUGGAAACCGGUCUUCUAUUGGACCAUGGCUUCCUGGUAUUCUGCUUGAGGCUACUCUGCAUGCACUCGUACGCUAGAUUCCAGGACGACCAACCCGAUCUCUGGAGAAUCAUAAGCAAGAAGUCGGGUAUCUACAACAGAUUCAUUGGUUUCGUAUCAGCGUUGCUCUCACGCAUGAACACGAGUCUGCAACCUCUUCGCCACGAGCACGAUCGUCUGUCUACGCUGGAUCGGGAGACCUCGAGGUUUCCACUAACAUUCCACGAACGACAAGUUCUGUACCACUGGGACAGCGACCUGAAGGCGAUCGCGGUUCUAGACAAGGCCUUGGAAAUGUUCGAUGAGACAAAGUUGGAACACUUCCACCCGGGCGAUAUCGUCAAAUCGAUGCUCAAUUGGCAGGACCCACAAGUCCAGACUAAUCUUUUGAAGAGCAUCUACGAGGGUGUCUCCCUCGAAGCCCCUUUCUGCGAUUCUUACGUGAAAGCGGCACUCUCGUAUUGCGAGAGCUCUCCGAUGGUGGACAACGUUUACAAGAUCGUGACAACGGUUUCGAAGGCGGUCGCGUCAGCCAGUAGAAUGGACGAUGACCGUGUACCAGGAGGCUUGGCGGUUCUGGAUUUUGUUGGCGGUCUUCUGCAAACAAAGAAUGCGGCCAUCUUUCAACAAAAGCACCGACACAUAUUUUUUACAUGGAUCAUCGCGAAAAGCCGCAUAUGGGCCACUCCUUUGCUGCUACACGCACAAGACAGUGUGCGAAAAGGUGCACAUAUGCUGGUCUGCGAGCUAUACAAGAGCUACGAAGGAUGGCCUCUAGAUCUGGUGCAAAUGAGGUGGAGAGUACUCCGCGAGAUGGCCUCCGACAUGAUGGAGCGCAUUCUGUACGAGAAGGAUCACGGCAUGCUCAAACCUCAUCUAUCUCCUCUCAUCGAAACUUGCCGAUUUCUCGUUCAGCAGCUCUACGAUCUGAUCCAUAGCGAGGAUCCCGAAUUGGAUCCAUACAGAGACGACACCAACGACAGCUCUCGAAUUGCACACUGGACUGGAGAGAUAGAGCCAAGGCUAGAGACAUGGCCACAGGACGAUGGCCUAUCAGCGGAAGAUCUCUAUGAUCAUUCCGACUUUGGUAGUGAUUCAGAGACUGACAACAUACACGAUAACAACAUGUAA